AUGCCUCCACAAUCGGCCAAGACCUGGAAAACAUCAUCGCCAAGCGCGACGUCGAACAACCUUCGUCCCGUUCGAUCGCGCAAAGAUCGUCCAUGCGACUAUUGUCGAAGACUCAAGCAUACUUGUCGGAUUCUCGUUAGGGGUCAAGCAUGUACGAAUUGUGCGAGGACAAAGAGGACAUGCACGUUUGAGGAUCCACCUCGUAAACGUCAUGCUAAGCCGCAUAUACAGCUGGCUGAGCAACAGUCAGACAUAACAGAAAAUCAGUAUCAGCAUGAUUCGUCAAGUUCUACCGCAUUGAUGCCAAAUGACGACAGGUCCAAUCAUGAUCCGUUCAUACCUGCAUUCUCGCAGACAGCCUUCGAGCAACAAACGUCGAAUGCUAUUUAUGGUGAUCAAGUCGCACUCCAAUCGUCUCAACAGCCAUUACACUCAUCUCUAGCAGCCAUAUUCGAAGUGGAAGAAAACAGCUCGGACGAUAACUCGUACUAUACAUCUCUUGAUCUGGAAAACGAUGGGAGUGAGGAGCAUCAUUACCUCGGACCAGGUGCAUUGAUGCAUCUCACUUUGAAUGUAGAUCAAGACGAUUCGACAUGGUCUCAAUUCCUCAAUCCACAAAAUACGACAACACCAUCUGGUACGGAAACGAGCGAUCUCAACAAAUUAUCUUAUAGGCAAAUUGCUGAUUCCAAGAAACCCGUUUUCUUCCUACGUGAACCCUCGAGGGUAUAUGGUUUGUCCAAUGCCUCCUACGAAGCUGAAAAGGCUUGGAAGACAGCUUGUGAGGUGUUAUCUUAUAGUCAAGCGGGACAAGGCGAACAUAUAAGUCAUCAGCUUAUACAUAUAUUUCUAGAAUCGACGUUAUCGGCUCUACCGCUGAUCAACAAAGUUCGACUUCAAGCUUCCAUGUAUCAAUGGCACGGGGCUCAUCCCUUCCCCCAUGCGUUACUAGUGGGGAUCCUCGCUCAUUCUGCAGUGUCCGUACCUGGUCUACGAACCAUCUGGAAAGAUCUCUGGGCGAUUGUGCUUAAUUUGCUGGAUAACGAGUACCGCCAACCGAGAUUACAGACCCUCCAAUUGGCGAUUAUGGAUAUCUGGGGCAGACCUAAUCAGAAACCUGGUGGUAAUCAUACUGCAAUCUGUCGUGCGAUUGGGGCAGCUCAAGUCCUGGGAUUGCAUAAAGAUAGUUCGCAGUGGCGAUUACCGAGAUGGGAGAGGUCGACUAGGAAGCGAAUCUGGUGGUUGAUAUAUGUCGCAGAUAAAUGGAAUUCCCUGACUUAUGGUCGACCAUCAAAUGUACCUACCGAAACGACCGUAUCACUUCCCUCUUCUUUAGAUAACGAUGAUGGAGGACAAUCAUCUACUUGCCAAAAUCCUAUAAUCAGUUUCAUUCUGAUGUGUCGGUUGACCAUCAUUCUCAAUACGCUAUUGCCCAUUUUGAGCGAUACGAGCGGGGAGAGCGACAAGUUUAGUACGCAUCGACAAGCUAUCAUGAAGGCUGCAAUGGAGUUGGAGGAGCUCGAGAGACUUCAUCCGGUCGAAGGAGAUGCGGGAUCACCGGGGAUGGUCAGACUGGCAAGUCUAUCCUUGGAUGAGGUGCUGGCGGGUUUAGUCUUCUCCAUGCCAUUCAACUCGCAUCCACGGGCUGGUCCGGUUGCUCGCCACAUCAUAGCGGUUAUUGCUAAACUGGUGCUUUUCCUGGAGAGUUUAGAUGAAGAAGAUUGUAAAGGAUUCUGGACACCUUGGUCAUCUUCACAACUGACUCAUGCCAUGUCACUCGCUUUACGUCUUUUUGUUCGUCUCUCGUCAUCUGAGUCGGACCCUCCUCAAUCUCAACCUCAACCUCAAUUUCCUUCAUCUUCAAAUAUCUUCAACUUGAUCGAUUGGUGCUUGACGGUAUUGACCAAUACAGAGGCCAUAUGGGAAGUAGCAAGUGAUGCUUUGGGCAAAAUCAGAAUAUUGAUGGCUUCGAUGCCUGAUCUCGAAGGACUAUCGGAACUGAGGAUGAAGAUAGGUCUCGGUCGGUAUUCCCUACCAAGUCAGGAUGAUACAAUGUGGUCAGAUUGGUUGAGUUUAUUGGGUAUGGAAUGGCUCAAUAAUGAUGGGCUCAAUACCACUCUAGCAGCGUAA